GAUAGAGUGAGUCAUUCUCAAAAUGGCAGAGAUUCUGUCAGUAUGAAGUGAAACUUUCCUAUUUUUAGCGCUUGAAACCUCUUUAAUUUCACUCGGUUUUGAUGAAUAUUGUCGAGGAGACAUCAAUAUAAAUUGCUGUUAAUAAUAACAGCAUCUGUCUUAGGUCCACACGACCGACUAAUAUCGUUGGAUAAGGAUUUUAAUCGCGAAAGGCUGGCUUCCCUCCGAAGUUGACGCUAGCCAGUGCCUGUCAUCAUAGCCAAACCGAUUGUUGUUGUCAUUUGCACACGGGACCGUGUGACUAAACCACUGGCUACUCGCUUAGUUAGUUUACUAAACUAGCUUGCUUGGAUAGCGAUAGCAAUCUGAUUUUUUUCUUUUAGGGAUUGCCUUGCAUCUUAUCUGGUUCAGGUCAGGGCUUCCGUCCCUAUUUCGUCGUCACCUGUCACCAGUCGCUGGUUGAUGCCAGUCAAUGUGUGCACUGUCACAACCUAUUUGAUUUGCUAGCACCACCUGACCUGGCAAAUCAAUGGACAAGCUUCAGGACCUCAGCCAAUCCGAGCUCGAGGAGCUGCUGGACAACGCAGAUAGGGUGGAGUCUAUGGCAUUGGAAUCAGAUGAGAUCCAGAACAUACAGCUGGAGAGAGAGAUGGCUCUAGCCUCAAACCGCAGCCUGGCUGAGCAGAACCUGGACGUGAAGCCUGCUCUGGAGAAGCAGAGGGAGAGGCUGGUGGAGAGGUACUCCCAACUGGAGAGCGUCAGAGAUGCCUACAGACAGCACUGCAGUCUCAGAGACGGGAUUGUGGGCCAAGUGUCUCCGGAGGGGCUGUUCACCAGGCUGCAGACAGAGGGCGCCAACACAGAGGCCGAGUCUGAGGCGCUGGCAGACGAGUUCCUGGACGGCGCUCUUCCUCUCGACACGUUCCUCGAGCGUUUCCUCGCCCUCCGCUCCCUCGCUCACAAGAGACGAGUGCGGAUUGAGAAGCUGCAGGACAUGCUCCGACAGAAGAGUGAAGACGCCGCCUCCGACGCCGCCCAGGGCGCCAUGACAUCAUCACAAGCAUCAGCCAGUCAGGACCCCUCAACACCAUCGCCAUGGAAUAACCAAACGCAUCAUCAGCCAGCACCGGCCCCGGGUUCCCAGCCGGCCAAUCACAGCAGCUUCCAGAAUGCCACGCCGAAUGCCGGUGCAGGCGCCGCCCUCCCUUAUACCCCUUACCCUGUCUCCCCUCCAAACCCAGCCCCGUCCGCCGCCUCUGGGGGUCCAGGCCAAGGCCCGGCCAAUCCCCCUGCUCAAUUUCCUCCUUACCCCAGCCCCGGCUCACCCUUCACCCCUGCGGCCGGCUACGCUGCGCGGCCUGGCUUCGGGCCCCCCGCCUGCCCCUACCCCACCCAGCCCACUUUUCCCGGCCCCCCCGGCCCAGCGUUCAGGCAGUACGGCCCCCCUAACGCCGGCCCCUACCCCUCAGCCUACCCCUACGGAGGGGGGUACAGCUACCCCACUGGUCCCGGCCUGCCCAGCACUCAGUCCCCCACAGGGAGGCCAAUGUAUCGGCCUGGAUACGGAGUACCCCAGCCCUACUCCUGAAUCUCCUCCUCAUCUGGUCUCCUUUCUCCUUUCUUUUCCUGUCUCCUCCCUUCUCAUCCUCCUUUCAUCCUCCUCUCACUCUCUGUCAUCACGAAGGCACAAGCUGUUUGUUCUGUAUCUCCACGGCUCUUUUACUUAUGGCUUUAUCUUUUAUUUGAACACUUGACUCACUUCUCACACACUCCAUCUCCUUUCAAUCUCUCUCGCCCUCCUCUCUCCCUCCUCUCCAUUGCUCUGCCGCAGUCUCAGGUCCUGUUGUUGCUUCUGGGUGUUGUUGUGGGUGCUGCCUAUUGCCCCUGUGUGUGUGUGUGUGUUUCUGUGUGUGUGUGUGUGUUUCUGUGUGUGUGUGUGUUCAUGAAGCUCUAAAGCAAUCUGUCGGACCUUAUUUAACACAUAGGUCACACGGCACAACCCCUAUGUCGUGUGUGUGUGUCUUCCACAGACACAAGAAGUGAUACGAGUGGAUGUGCAACAUAUUUCCACAUGCACAUCCUUGUUUUCAACACACACACACUCCAUGGCCGCUAGAUGGCCCGGACACAUGACAAUGCACACGUUAUUUGUGUCGUUGGUGCAUCACAGCAGCCUCCCGCUCUUCUAAGGCAAAGUAUCAUUACAGUGCAGAGAUGUUAGCUCCUUCAUAAUUCAGUCGUUCACCCUGUGUUGUGUUUCCGUGUUCAGAAGCCCAGGCGCACUCUGCAUUAAGAUCUCUGCGCAUGUCAUCCGUCAGCAGACUGGAAGGCUUGCCCUGCUCUCCUUUCUGUUGCUUUUAUUGCUCCCCCCCCCCCCCUUUCUCCUUCUACUUCUGCAUGUUGUCAUCCCUCGUUCACCCCUCUCCUCGGUCAUGUCUGUGUGGUGUGAAGUUUCCUGGCGGUGGUGAGGGAAGUUGUCCCGUCAGGCGUGGGGUGUGACGGACUCCUGUGUGUGUGUGCGUGUUAUGUGUGUGUUGUGUGCGUGUUAUGUGUGUGUGUGUGUGUUGUGUGUGUGUGUGUGUGUGUGUGUUGACGUCUGCUCACUGUGCUCCUCCUCCAUCACCCCUCACUCCUUUCUCUCACACACACUUUCUUCUCGCCUCAUUCCUUUCAACUCUGUUUUGACCUCACCCCCCCUCACCCCCCCUCACCCCCCCUCACCCCCCCUCGUUCAGUCCCUCUCCCUCCCUCCCCCACAAUCUGCUUGUUGAAAUGAACUGAUGCUUGACAAUGAUAACGAGAAAAUAGUUUUAUUUCUAUAAGUUCAUUAUCAUAUAUGAGAAUAUAAAUGAAUUGUAUAGAAUGAUAACAGAACAGAACCUGAUACUACUACAUGUGCUUGUAACAAGGGAAAGGUUAUCAUGUUGACAUAUCUUCCUGCUCUAGUGAGCACAGGAGCCAAGUACUGUCUGGAAUCACCUCAGUUAUCUCUGAUUUGUGAUAUGUGUUCGAUUGUUCCUGCCUGGCACAAUAAAAUCAAAAGGCUGUUACCAAAAAUGCUCAGACCCUAUCCACCUGACCCAGCCAGCCAGCCAGCCAGGCAGGCAGACCUGAGCAAUUGCUGAAGAAAAUCUCGAGAGGAUUUCAAACAUGACUUGGGCCCGGGUCUAGAUGGGAAUGGGAGGUAGGGGGUGGGGGGGGGGGUGGGGGGGGUCGCAGAAGGGGCUUGGAGGGGUUGGCAUCGGGGCUGAAGGGUGAGAGUACCAAGCUACAUAAGGCCUUGACCACAUCUAACUCCCAUUGUCUCUCCAGGGCUGGUGCACCUCAUUGACAUCAUAGGCCAUGCUCCUCUCUCUCUUUCUAUGCAGACCCCUCCCAGGAGGGUGGGCAGUCUCACUGAGCAUGUGUUACAAAUGUAAUGUAAACGCACUGUUACUACUAUGAGGCCACUGCCCUAUGGAGACCAUGGAGGCCUUAUGUAGCUGCUAUGUAGGGCCUUUUUUAUCGGCUUGACUAGUCUGUCUGACUGGGGUAGGCUGGAAACGAGUGCAAUCCCACUACAACAAUCCCCAGCACUGGUCCUGGUAUCCACUGACCUGUAGGAUCACAGCACUGCUGGUUCUCACCACGCUAAGCUAAUCAAUCACCCAUUAAUCCAUGGCCCACGAUCAGUCACUCAAAUCUAGUAAUCAUGUGUUGGUGGCCCCCCCCUUUAUAUUAAACUUUGUCGACACUAAGUGCACUAAGUGGUACCGAACCUGCUACACCGCCAAGGAACACGCCACCAAUCGGAGAGCUUGUUUUAACCACGAGACGGAACUCUCUGGCCAAUCAGUGCCCUUAAUUGAUUGAUCACUAGCUACUUGUUAGCUGUUGGUAAACUAUCAGGUAAUUUGACAUUGAGCCAGCAGUGCUGAUGGUCCAGGGGGG